CUCUUUCCUUCCCGGUCCCUUCUUCCUCGCCCUCCUCCUUUGCUCCUUCUCUUCAUCGCCGCCUCCCAGGACCGCCGGCCCGGGUACGAGCUCCGGGGAAGCAGCCAGAUUGAUGUCUGUUCCAGCUAUGUGAGUAUGGUAGCUGUGGAGGCCAGAAGGGAUGUUGGACUUCCUGGAGCUGGAGUUAGAGCGGAUGUGAGCCUCAAUGUGGGUGCUGGGAAUAGAACCCGAGUCCUCAACAAGAACAGCUACUGCUGAGCAACUCUUCAGCCCACCCCAGCCCCUGUUUCCUGCAGCCUUGCCAUCCUGCAGUCCCCUGGGCUCCCAUCCUCUUCACUCGCACCUGCUGUGGUCCCAGGGCAGCACAGGGUCUAUUCAAGUCACUCCGGGAUUGUGAGCCUGAAGAAAGUAUAGGUCCUACCGCUGAGCUCAAUGCACUUUGUGUGAAACUGGAAAGAAAACCAAUGUAUAAGCCCGUGGACCCUCACUCUCGGAUGCAGUCCACCUACAGCUACGGCAUGCGUGGAGGUGCCUAUCCCCCCAGGUACUUUUACCCAUUUCCAGUUCCGCCAUUACUCUACCAAGUUGAGCUUUCUGUGGGAGGACAGCAGUUUAACGGGAAAGGAAAGACGAGACAAGCUGUGAAACACGAUGCUACCGCCAGAGCACUGAGGACUCUGCAGAAUGAGCCUCCACCAGAGAGGCUGGAGAUGAAUGGAAGAGAAUCAGAAGAAGAAAACCUCAAUAAAUCAGAAAUAAGUCAAGUGUUUGAGAUUGCACUGAAGCGGAAUUUGCCUGUGAAUUUUGAGUCUUACCCUCUGACACAGGUGGCCCGGGAGAGUGGCCCACCCCACAUGAAGAACUUUGUGACCAGGGUUUCAGUCGGGGAGUUUGUAGGGGAAGGAGAGGGCAAAAGCAAGAAGAUCUCCAAGAAGAAUGCAGCAAGGGCCGUGCUGGAGCAGCUGAGGAGGCUGCCACCUCUGCCUGCUGUGGAGCGAGUGAAGCCCAGAAUCAAGAAGAAAAGUCAGCCCACAUGCAAGCUACAGACAGCCCCGGAUUAUGGCCAGGGGAUGAAUCCUAUUAGCAGACUGGCACAGAUUCAGCAGGCCAAAAAGGAAAAGGAGCCGGAGUACGUGCUCCUUACAGAGCGAGGCCUUCCACGUCGCAGGGAGUUUGUGAUGCAGGUAAAGGUUGGGAAUCACACUGCAGAAGGAGCGGGUACCAAUAAGAAGGUGGCCAAGCGCAAUGCUGCUGAGAACAUGCUGGAGAUCCUGGGGUUCAAAGUUCCCCAGGCACAGCCUGCCAAGCCAGCACUCAAAUCAGAAGAGAAGACCCCAGUAAAGAAACCAGGAGACGGAAGGAAAGUAACGUUUUUUGAACCUAGCCAUGGGGAUGAAAAUGGAACUAGUAAUAAGGAGGACGAGUUCAGGAUGCCUUAUCUUAGCCAUCAGCAGCUGCCAGCUGGAAUCCUCCCCAUGGUGCCGGAGGUUGCUCAGGCUGUUGGGGUUAGUCAAGGACACCACACCAAAGAUUUCACCAGGGCAGCUCCGAAUCCUGCCAAGGCCACGGUAACUGCCAUGAUAGCUCGCGAGUUGUUGUACGGGGGCACUUCGCCCACAGCCGAGACCAUUUUAAAGAGUAACAUCUCUUCAGGCCACGUAUCCCAUGGACCUCGCACAAGACCCUCUGAGCAACUAUACUACCUUUCCAGAGCCCAGGGAUUCCAGGUUGAAUACAAAGACUUCCCCAAGAACAACAAGAACGAAUGUGUCUCUCUCAUCAAUUGCUCCUCGCAGCCGCCCCUCAUCAGCCAUGGCAUCGGCAAGGAUGUGGAGUCUUGUCAUGAUAUGGCUGCAUUGAACAUUUUAAAGUUGCUGUCUGAACUGGACCAACAGAGCACAGAGAUGCCGAGAACAGGAAAUGGACCAGUGUCAGCGUGUGGGAGGUGCUGAACCUUUUCUGGCCACAAACCAUUAUAAAUCCCAACAUGUAUACUGAAAAUACUGAGAACUGCUUUCAAAAUUUGGAAUUUCUGAUAACUCCAGUGGGCUGAGACACGAAUAUAGAAGGUGGCAGCAGUAGCAAAGAAGACACAGACUCCAGGUGAUGUGGCCUUGGUUGUGCUGGGCUGCUAGUGACAAUGUGCUCUGCCAGCCAUCAAGAGAGACCAGCCCCAUCACCUUCAAUUUUUAUAUUGUGAUAAAAGAGAAACAGAAAGCAUGGCCUAUUCUCAUGCUGGCUCAUUCAGAUACUUCGGACAACCCUGGACAGCCACGCCGGAGAGGCCCCGGAGCUAAAAGCACCAGAGAAAAGCCAGUUCUUCCUGUCCUGCAUAACAGACGCAGCGUGCUCAGCCUGCCACGUGUAGUGCCCACCCACUGGAACCACUGCUUUCUCAACAGCGAUGCUGGUUCAUUAUUUCCUUUGGUUGAUGACACUAUAUAAUUUUCUUUUCAGUUUCUCAGUUGCAUCUACUUAUCUAGCACAGUUUAGAAACUUGUCUGAGACCGAUGCUAUCAGUCUAGCAAAGAUCACAGGCCUGUUUGAUGCGUCUGUCCCUCAGGCUGGCUAAACAGAUUUUACCAGAAUCCUUUACAGCCCCCCCCCACCAUCCCCUAUAUAAAUUGGACAGCUUAGGAAAUCUAAACUUUAGGUGGUCUUUUUAUUUUAUUUUAAGCAGCAGACUUAAAUGAACCCAGACCUUAUUACAUAACUCGUCAGUGGGCAUGUCUUUUAAGGAGGUAGCUUUUUACCACACUACAGGACAUUACCUGUGGGUCCAGACCCUGCAGGCUGGUGUCCCUGGAGUGCCUAAUGCAGUCAAUUCCAACCUCCUUGGAGGGGAAAGGUUUCCUGGUGCUGUGCUGCUGUGCACAGAUGCAGGUAGGUGAGCUGGCCCUGGUGGAGAGCAUUGCAACCUCAGACUGAGCACUGCUUCCACAUUUGGUUUAGCUGGAACCUUUUCACCCAUGGAAUGUAAGUAGUCUUUGUCAACAAUAAAUGGUAAUACUAAAUUUUUUUUUUGAUUAAUUUAUUUUCAAACACCACUACUUCUAGAUCAAACCUCUUCUGGUUCAUUACCCAUCCCUCUUUCUUUAAAACAAAAAGAAGAGAAUAUUUGUAAUGCUUGUGAUUCUGUCUGGGCGAAAAUCUGAAGACCUAAAAAUCUCUUUAUAUUAAACUAUUGAUCAAUAAA